GACCUGCGAUGGAUCUACGUCAGCCGUUCUCGAGACCUUGUCGUGGCGGAGUGGUCCCGGAGGAUAACCUCAAAACGGUGAACAUGGACCAGGGCCUGGCGAUCCUACAACCCACUUUCAUUUUCGCGAUGGAUGCUGGCCAAGCGCUCUCAGAACAGGAUGCGCCUCGUCCGACUCGUUCCUUCCAGGCCCAAGAUCCUCUUGCAGUCAGAUGAGAUGGUGGGCGCCUGUGGCUCUGGUCAAUCUUGAUACAUUGGUGGCUGCCUUUGCCGCAAAUGCCUAUUUGCUAUGUAAGAUGCGCGAACGGUCGUAUGGUCUGGGUAAAUUGCAAGCCAUCCCAGCAGCCACAUGGUCUUCGCACGGCUACGCAGGGGCCUUCAGAGGAAAGUCGCGCACGUCGCGGAGAUUUUGAGGAAAGAGACAAGGUCCUGAUGUGUCGCAGCCUUGCUGGACCGGCCAAAUGGCGGCGCCGUUGUCGAAGGAUUCAAUGUCGCCGACUUCCGAAUCGCAGUGCAGAAAAGCCGAUUCGAACUGGGGCCUUUUGUUGAAGAAUGCAAAUCAGCACGUUGC